CGCGUGGGGCAUGUGUUUCCCACGCGAGACUGUAAACUCAUGAAGAUAGAAAAGCACGAGGGAAGAAAAUGGUUCUUUACAUUAUCUACGAACAUGCCUCUGGCUAUGGUAUCUUCAAAGUCGUUGCACAAGAAGAAAUCGGCGUGUUAUUACCUGAAGUACAAGAGGCUCAAACUGAUUUGGCUCGGUUUGGGAAACUUGUAAAAUUGGUCGCUUUUAUGCCUUUCAAGUCUGCUGCAAAUGCUCUGGAUAAUAUUAACUGUGUCUCGGAAGGUGUCAUUCAUGAUGAUCUCAAAGUCUUCCUGGAGAGCAACAUUCCAGUUGGCAAAAAGAAAUCAAAAGUCAGUUUAGGUGUCUCGGAUCCAAAGCUUGGUGCAGCCAUCCAGGAAUCAUGUGAGAUCUUUUGCGAGGCUGGUGAGAUUGUCAAUGAGGUCAUUCGUGGGAUAAGACUGUAUUUUCACAAAAUGAUAACAGGUCUAUCAGAUAUCAUGGCUGGAAAAGCUCAGCUUGGCUUAGGGCACAGUUAUUCUCGUGCUAAAGUGAAAUUCAAUGUUCAUCGAGCUGAUAACAUGAUCAUCCAGUCAAUUAGUUUAUUAGAUCAGCUUGACAAAGACGUCAAUACUUUCUCCAUGCGAAUCAGGGAAUGGUAUUCUUACCACUUUCCAGAACUAGUGAAGAUCAUUGCAGAUAAUCUUCUCUAUGCUCGGGUAGUGAAGUAUAUCAAAUCUCGUAAAGAUUUAACUGAAGAUAAACUUGAAGGACUUGAAGAGAUUGUUGAAGAUGAAGCAAAGACAAAGGCAAUCUAUGAUGCUUCCCGGUCCUCCAUGGGUAUGGAUAUAUCUCCCAUUGAUUUGAUCAACAUCCAGUCCUUUGCAUCAAAAGUGAUUGGUCUUACAGAGUACAGGACAAAACUCCACAAUUAUCUCGUUUCAAAAAUGGGUUCAGUUGCUCCUAAUUUGACUGCACUUAUUGGUGAACAGGUUGGUGCUCGUCUUAUUUCUCAUGCUGGUAGCCUCACCAACCUUGCCAAAUAUCCAGCAUCAACAGUACAAAUACUUGGUGCAGAAAAAGCACUUUUCAGGGCAUUGAAGAAGAAAGGCAACACGCCAAAAUAUGGAUUGAUUUUUCAUUCUUCAUUCAUUGGCCGUGCUGCGUCACAAAACAAAGGACGUAUUUCUAGAUAUCUUGCUAACAAAUGCUCAAUUGCUUCAAGAAUUGAUUGCUUCUCAGAAACACAAUCGUGCAUAUUUGGUGAUAAGAUGCACGAACAAGUUGAAGAGCGUCUAAAAUUCUACGAAAGUGGCGAAGCUCCUAGAAAGAAUAUUGAUGUAAUGAAAGAAGCGAUUUCAGAAGUGACUUCCAGUCAGACUUCUGAGAAAAAGAAGAAGAGGAAAAAGAAAAAAGAGAAAAAUGGAUUGAAUGAAACGACUGAUGGGCAGGAAAGUUUAGUGGAGACUCCUGUUGAGAAGGCCUCAACGAAGAAAAAGAAAUCCAGUGAAGAUAUGGAAGAGGAUGCAGUAGAAUUGCCGGAGGAAACGCCAAAAUCAAAGAAGAAAAAGAAAAAAGAGCAAAGUGCUGAUACGGAGGAAACACCAAAAGAAAAGAAGAGAAAAAGAAAAAGAAGUGAAGUGGAAAAUGAGGAAACAACGGAGGAACAGGAACGACCAAAAUCUUUGAAAAAGAAGAAAAAGAAAAAGUCGAUUUCGACAGAAGAUGAUUAAGCUUCAAGUUGAGAAAUUCAAUUAAAUCGCUUCCAAAAUUCAAGAUCUUUCAACUUUAAUCAUUUUUUUUUGAAAUGGUGGAUAAGAAGAAGAGAAGGUGUCUUGUAUAUAUUUUUCACAACGUUCGAAAAGAUUUCUUGGUCAAAUAUGAUGGUUAUAUAUAGAGAUGACAGAAACUUUUUUAAAAUAAAGCAUUGUUGUUGUGAA